UGAUUGUUUAUAAUUAAUUAUACCCUUUGAGAGAAAAGAAAAGCCCUAACUAUACCCACAAUUUCAUUUCUCCUACGCCAAGACACUACCUUUCCUUUUGGAUUGGCGAACAAAUAAAUAUAUGAUGGCGUCUUCUUCCUCCUCAUCCUCCCCAGAAAUUGAAAUUGUUUCUGAUUCAAACGAUCCAGCAAAUUCAUCAGAAAAAGCCAAUCGAAUCGAUAUAAUUGAUGUUUAUACCGCUUCCGCUUAUGGGGAUUUACAGAAAUUGAAAAGCUUCGUUGAACAAGAUAAAGACCGUGUCUCUCUCUCAACUCCCGACGGGAAUGGCUAUUACGCGCUUCAGUGGGCUGCGCUCAACAAUUUCGCCGAUAUUAUGCUAUACAUUAUCGAUCAUGGCGGAGAUGUGAAUGCCGCGGAUAACACGAAACAGACAGCGCUUCAUUGGGCAGCUGUUCGCGGAUCGAUUGCUGCCGCUGAUGUGCUUCUACUGAAUGGAGCGAGAGUUGAGGCCUCGGAUAUGAAUGGAUUCCGGGCAGUUCAUGUUGCAGCUCAAUAUGGGCAAACAUCCUUGUUGAAUCACAUUGUUGCCAAGUAUGGUGCUGAUUUUGAUGCCCCUGAUAACGAGGGAAGAAGUCCUCUUCAUUGGGCGGCCUACAAGGGAUUCACAGACACAGUUAGGUUACUUUUAUUUAGAGAUGCUUCCCAAGAGAGACAAGAUAAACAAGGUUGUACACCUUUGCAUUGGGGUGCAUUGACGGGAAAUGUGGAAACAUGCGCAGUACUUGUACAUGCAGGGACUAAGGAGGAGCUAAUGGUGAAAGAUAAUGCUGGGGUUACUCCUGCUCAAUUGGCUUCUGAUAAAGGUCAUCAACAUGUCGCACUCUUCCUAUCCAAUGCACAACGUGCUUAUGCCAAGAGUCGAGAGGAGAAAGGUCUGAUUGGAAGAUUAAGUGGUAUAGGUUAUGCACCUAUUCUUUUCUCUAUAGUGUGUAUCAGCACCAUCCUUUUCAUAAACUCAGUUAUGUUUGCUCCAAAUCUUCCGAAGAUAACAGCUGUUCUCGGUUUAUGGGGAUGGACUGCUGUUUCUUCGGCCCUUGCUGCACUGGUUAUGUUCCACCGCUGCAGUAGCAAAGAUCCAGGGUACAUAUCCAAGUCAGCCAAGUUGAGUGAUCAUCAUAUUAAAGAAGAGGAUCAGUUGGUGAAGUUUGAUAUAAAUAACUUUUCUGGGUUGACUGGGAAUUGGUCUCAGCUUUGCCCGACCUGCAAGAUAUUGAGACCUGUUCGUUCGAAGCAUUGUCCCAUAUGCAAGCAUUGUAUAGACCAGUUCGACCAUCAUUGCCCCUGGAUCUCAAACUGUGUAGGAAAGAGGAAUAAAUGGGACUUCUUUGUAUUUCUUUGCUUGGGAACCUUGACGUCAAUACUUGCUGCAUUUGUUUCUAUCGAGAGAAUUAGGACAGUAACACCAUGGGGAGGAUUGCAGCUUAUGAUAGUUAAUCAUCCUGGUGUAGUGGCGUUGCUAGGCAUGGACGCACUUAUAUUUAUCGCAUCUACAACUUUGACAAUCAUACAAGCAUCCCAGAUUGGGCGCAACUUAACUACAAACGAAGUAGCAAAUGCUGGGCGUUACACAUAUCUGCGCGGUCCAGAUGGGAAGUUCAGGAACCCGUAUAAUCGCGGUUUUAGAAAGAAUUGCACUGAUUUCCUCAUCCACGGUCACACUAGCGAUGCUCCCCACCACAAACAACACUUGCACAUUUGAUUUCUUUCACCACUUGUCUUCUACACAAUUCUAUUGCUGCUGCUGCUAAUGAUCCAUCAUUCAAGCUGUUGCUGCAUCAUUAAGAUUUUAUGACUAUAUGAGUUGGUAUUUUUUACAUGUCUACCCCAAUGUUGUUUGUUGUAUUAUGAUUGUUAAAAGGUAUUAGAUUUAGUCCUUUUUUUUAAUGGAAGAUGUGUUUAUGAUCUGA